UCGUGCGCAUGCGCGUUGAAGGAAGUCUGCCGGGAUUUGCUUAUCCAAAAUGGCCGCUGCGAUGGAUGUAGACACUCCGAGUGGCACCAAUAGUGGUGCCGGCAAGAAGCGCUUUGAAGUAAAGAAGUGGAAUGCAGUUGCACUCUGGGCUUGGGACAUUGUGGUUGACAACUGUGCCAUUUGCAGAAAUCAUAUCAUGGAUCUCUGCAUAGAAUGUCAAGCUAACCAAGCAUCAGCUACCUCUGAAGAAUGCACUGUUGCCUGGGGUGUCUGUAAUCAUGCUUUCCACUUUCAUUGCAUUUCUCGCUGGCUGAAGACUCGGCAGGUGUGCCCAUUAGACAACCGAGAAUGGGAGUUCCAGAAGUAUGGACACUAGCAGGUGAGAGAAGAUCACGAAGUUAAUUGUUCUGUCUUCAGUUAAGCCUUCCACCUUGCAAGUGGAUUGAUGUUGUAAUACGCUUGUCUCAUUUUUUGUUUUCACCUAAAUAUAGUCAUUGUGAAUAGUAAUAAAUCUUGUCAGUCUCCUG